CCCCGCAAAGCGAGGGGCUAUUUCCCUUUCCAUCCGAAAAGAAAAUUACCGCGCAGGCUCGUACAAAAUGGCGUCGUUUAGUUAUGAAGUGUACAAUGUUCACAUAUCGAACUUACCGAUCGAUAUCAAUGGAGGAUUCGCGUUUUUCGGCGAUCCCUGUGCUCUGUCUGAAUUAAGUGUUUUCGGUGUCCAGUGGAGAGUUAAGGUAUUCAAAGGUGCCUUUUUGAAGAAGUUACAUCACAGUGGUCUUCCGGAGCCUGAAAUUAGAGUAUAAAAUGUGUUUCAAAUCACGCAGUGCUUAAAAGAAAACUUCACUAAAGUUAGAAAAAUUGCUUGUUGAAACUGAGCAAGCAGUGCCAAAUGGUCCUGGAUAACAAGCAGGACGACGACUCAGACACCAACAUGAACUCCUUGGUCAGCACAGAGUCCAUGGACACCGGAGAAGAGGAUAUGUCUCAAGUGGAUGGAUGUGGGUUAAGUGGUGCAUCUGAUGAUGACGAAGAAUGUGCAUCCUCACCAGCUGGCUCCGCAUAUGAAGAUGCUGGAGAUGUCAUCAAGAGUGCUAUGAGCGAUGAAGUCACCAAGCAACUUGCAGCUGCUGGUCCCGUGGGGAUGGCUGCUGCAGCCGCUAUAGCAUCAUCAAAGAAACGUAAGCGACCACAUUCAUUUGAAACCAACCCGUCAGUAAGGAAAAGACAUCAAAAUCGUCUACUACGAAAACUUAGACAAACCAUAGAAGAAUUCGCAACUCGCGUCGGUCAGCAGGCUGUGGUACUGGUAGCGACCCCCGGCAAACCCAACACAUCGUAUCGAGUUUUCGGUGCGAAGCCGCUAGAAGAUGUGGUGCGAAAUUUGCGCUGCAUGAUCAUGGAGGAGUUGGAGAAUGCGCUUGCACAGCAGUUCGGGCUGGGCUCGGGCCCGCAGGCGCCGCCGCCGCCACAAGAUGACCCUUCGCUCUUCGAGCUGCCGCCUCUCAUCAUCGACGGCAUCCCCACGCCCGUCGAGAAAAUGACGCAGGCGCAGCUCCGCGCCUUCAUUCCGCUCAUGCUUAAGUACUCUAUGGUUCGCGGAAAGCCUGGCUGGGGUCGUGAGUCGACGCGUCCGCCUUGGUGGCCCAAGGAUCUGCCCUGGGCCAACGUACGAAUGGAUGCGCGAUCGGAGGACGAGAAACAAAAGAUGUCAUGGACACACGCGCUCCGUCAGAUAGUGAUUAACUGCUACAAGUAUCAUGGGCGAGAAGAUCUUUUACCUGCCUUCACUGAAGAUGAUGAUGAUAAGCAUACGAGAGCGUUGUCGCCAUCCUCGUCAUGUAUGCCUAGUGGUAGUUGCAACUCGAGUGGUUCGGGCAAGCAUAGCUCACAAGCAGUGCUUACUUCGCAGCAAGUCUGCAUUGAUCAAAUGACACUCGCCGAUGUCGAUAUGUCUCAGUACGCGCCAGCGGUUCUUCAAACAAUAACAAACCCAGAUGGUUCAGUCUCGUUGAUACAAGUGGACCCUAAUAGUCCAAUCAUCACGUUGCCUGAUGGAACUACUGCGCAAGUUAUUCAUAGUACAGAUGGCGGUGCCGUGGUAAGCGGAAUGAAUGUUAGUGGCUUGGACGGUGAAGGAGUCUCUGUAGACCUCAAUGAAGCUGGACUGAAUUCUGACACGCAGAUUAUCCUCACCACUGAUGAUGGACAUGGUUACCCGGUAUCCGUGUCGGGCGUUAUAACAGUGCCAGUGUCGGCCUCGGUCUAUCAAUCAAUGGUUGCUUCAAUGCAACAGCAAGAUGGCGUCUGCGUCGCACCGCUUGUUCAGGUGGAUCAGAACGGCGAAGGUCUGGAAACGAUUUCAAUGGGCGGGGGCGUGGCUCAGGUGAUGUUGCAGCAUGGUGGGGAAGGCGGUCAAGUCUUGCAAGUACUGAGUUUAAAGGACGCGACUGCGCUUACCAAGGCCAUGCAACAGCAGCAAGUAAAGUCAGAGCGCGAAGCUGUGGCGGCUGACUCCUAGCUAUUAAGUCUUGUGGCGGAGCCUGAGCGCACGUCACAACAAGCGCCAUCUAUGCCGGACGAUCUUGACGAGAACUAGUGCAGGCCAUAUAGUCCGGUCAAAUUAGACAUAGAAAUAGUGGUCAAAUAACAAAAAUUCCCGGAGAGCCAAAAGUUGGUGGGGAACUGAGGUUUACCAUUAUAAAUAAAGUUUUAAAAAUCCCCAUCGAUCCUAUGUGUGCUACAAAAGUUAUUCGGAGUCAAAGGUCAAAAUUUGACUCUCAGCAUCGCGAUAUCUCAGGAAUGGUAACUCUUAGGAAAAAAUCAUGAAUACCAUUUUGUAGAGAAUUUUAUGAUCUACAACUUUGUCCUGAAACUUUUUUUUUAUAACUUUUACCUUUUUCGAGAAAAAUUCAAAAACCUCAAUUUUUGACCUUUGACCCCGAAUAACUUUUGUAGCUAUAGGAUCGAUGGGGAUCUUUAAAACUUUAUUUGUAAUGGUAAACCCCAGCUCUCCACCAAUUUUUGGCUCUCCGGGAAUUUUUGUUAUUUCACAUGUCUAUAUUGACCAGACUAAUAUUGUUAUAAGAUCCAGAGGGUUUAAGCGCCAUUUGUAUGGAUAACUUUUAAACAAAUCGUUAAAGUUCGAAAAUAGCUUAAUUCUUAUUAUUCCCGAUUAUUUCGUGUAACAUUCGCGCUUUCCUACGGCACUUCUAUCUUCUGUGAUUACAGUUCAUUAAUAUCGACCGUGACUUUUUUAAGUACACGAAAUACCAGUCGUAUUUGUCGCGAGUUGAGUAAGGCUACGUUCAGAUGGCAAAAAUUUGACGCGCGUUUUCAAAUCGCGCGACUAGACAUGGUAUUUUCAUACAACUGUUCACAUGAGCGCAAGUUAACGCGCGUUAUCGAGCGUUAACGCUCUCUAGAAAAAGUCUCUAGACGCAGGUGAUCGCGCGUUGACAUGUAUGUAACGUCCGUUAUCCGUAGACUUUUCAGUUGAGCGCGCGCUUUCAUCGCGAUGUACGAUCUUCCACGUCCAUUUUCUAAGCUCUGUCGAAACAGACUGACGAGCUCUCUCACAAUUCGCAACGCGCGUUAGCGCUUGUCAUCUGAACUCUUUAUAAAUUUGGGCGCGCGUUGACCUGCGUUAACGCGCGUUACUUGUGAACUUAGCCUUAAAGCUCUCAAAAGCCCUUUUGAUCUACGACUCGAAGCAAGUACGAUUGUUUAUUUUAUCGAUUUUCAGAAAUGUUUAGAACUUAUGUAAUAUAAAACAAAAGUUGAUCUUCGAAAUUUCUAGAUUAAUCUAUUAAAAUAUAGUAAUUCGAAAAUGUCGUAUCGGCGUUAAAAGUUAAGACAAUCCGAAUAAUUAGUUAAAAAUUGUCCAUGAUCUCAACGAUCAAGCAAACUAGCGUAAUAUUUAUUUUCGUUUUUGUGCAAUAUUUGUUCCGGUAUUUUAUUUUACCUACAUUCCUUUAUUUAGGUGCAAUUUUGUUUUAAGUAUAACUUAUUUUUACGUAUUCUAGUCGAAUCGAGUCAUAGUAAAACAAUCUAGUCUAAACAAUAAUGUAAAAUACAUUCUUAGGAGAAUUAAAACUUUAAUUUGUAUUUAAUUUUAGUACGGUUGGGUUUCUACUAAUCCCCUAAAGUAUUUGAAGUCAUUUUUGACUGAAUACUUUUUAGUAUAUGUGUACCAAUAUACCAAAAUCUUAACUGAAUACCGAAUAACACAAUAUAUAAUAACUGAAUAACAUAUACUGAAGUACCUAAAUGUUUUACACUCGCCCUCCAGUAUUCCAGUUGUUGAAUUUUAAUGGUUGCCAUAGACUAAUCUUUUACCGCCAUUCGUUUAAAAAUGGUCAGGUGACAAUAGUAUUUCCUCGUAUAUCCAGUGGAAAUCCAACCAAAAAAACCUUGCAGGGUUUAAAGAUCCAUUUAUUGCUGUUUGAAAUGUAUAGAUGUUACAUUUAGAAAUCUAUUACGCCGACUAUCGAGUGGCCAUAUUGAUUACUUAAGCCUAUAUAUUAAUAGGUUAAGUUUAAAUAAUAAUUUAUAAAUCUUAAUAUAUUCUUAGCCAAGUAUAGAUAAUAAGGUGUAGUCAUCAUAGAAAGUACAAAUCUUUAUUAUUGAGUAAUUUAUAUGUAAGAUUAAUUUAUUUUGUUUUUAAUUUUAUAUUUUAUUUGUUCACUUGUGUUCAUUAAUUUAUUUAAAUAUACAUGAAGAAAAAGCACAAUUUUGUUGUUAAGUGAUGAUUAAUUGUAACUGUAAAUAUAGUAUGAAUGCGUGUAUAUUGCAAUUAAUAAAGUAUUUACGUAA